AUGGAGACGAUGAAGAUAGCUUCAUUCGAUCGUGUCAGCGAGCUUAAAGCCUUCGACGAGACCAAGACAGGUGUAAAAGGACUCGUAGACGCCGGAGUCUCAGAGGUUCCACGCAUAUUCCACCACUCAUCUCUUAAACUAUCAAACCCUAAACCAGUUUCCUCUGACUUGCAACAUCUCACAACGAUCCCAACCUUUGAUCUCGGAGGACGAAUCUUCGAGGACGAGACUAAGCGCAAGAACGUGGUUCAAGGGAUUAAAGAGGCAUCAGAGAAGUGGGGUUUCUUCCAGGUGAUUAACCAUGGCGUCCCGCUUGAUCUUUUAGAGAAGAUGAAAGAUGGAGUUCGUGGGUUUCAUGAGCAAUCACCAGACGUUAGGAAACAAUAUUACGUGAGAGAUUUCAGUAAAAAGUUUAUGUAUUUAAGUAACUUUGAUCUCUUCAGCUCUCCAGCUGCUAACUGGAGAGAUACUUUCUCUUGUACCAUAGCUCCGGAUCCUCCAAAACCAGAGGACUUGCCAGAGAUUUGUAGGGAUGUUAUGUUGGAAUACACAAAGCAUGUGAUGACUCUAGGAGAGUUUCUCUUUGAGAUUUUAUCAGAAGCUCUAGGGUUAGACCCUAACCAUUUGAAUGAGAUGGAUUGCUCAAAGGGUUUACUCAUGCUUAACCAUUACUACCCACCAUGUCCAGAGCCUGACUUAACGUUAGGCACAACUCAGCAUUCAGACACCUCUUUCCUUACAGUGCUUCUACCAGAUCAGAUUGAAGGUCUUCAAGUCAACCGUGAAGGGUAUUGGUUUGAUGUUCCUCACGUACCCGGUGCACUCGUUAUCAACAUAGGAGAUCUUCUUCAGCUUGUAACAAACGACAAGUUCAUUAGUUUGGAGCAUCGUGUAUUGGCAAAUAGAGCCACACAAGCUCGAGUGUCCAUCGCGUGUUUCUUCACCACUGGCGUAAGACCGAAUCCUAGAAUGUAUGGACCCAUAAGGGAGCUUGUGUCUGAAGAAAACCCUCCAAGGUACAGAGAGACAACCAUUAGAGACUACGCUGCUUACUACAAUGCUAAAGGACUUGAUGGAACCUCUGCUUUGCUCCAUUUUAAAAUAUGAACUACAACUUUUCCACACACAUUAUAUUCGACAUGGAUGUGUAUGUAAUAUAUUUAGAUUUGUAGAUUCAAAUUACUCUGAGAACAAUAUCAAAAGUGUGCCUGCUGAAAUAAACAUAUCACAUUAGACACA